AUGGGUAAUUGUGAAACUAGCAACACAGUUAUAGGUGAACCACAAUUUUAAUAAAUUGGAACUGGAGCUGAAGCAAGAAACUUUAGUUCUACUUAUAAAAGUGAAUAUGUUGAGGUACAUGGUAAUCUCGCAGUUGUUGAGGAACAAGAAGAAGGAGGUUUAGUCCUUUUGGAUGAACCUGCAAAAGAACAAGACCUAAUAAAGGUGAAGAUUUGUUGCGAUACAAUAUAAACAAGUAUCGGUAUUGGAAUAGUGGAUUUCGAUAUUGUCAAAGAAACCGAUUUUUCAGGAAAUUGCAAUUAUGGAUUAGACCAUGGAAUGUGGAUUGUUUAUUCAGACAAAUUGGUUGCUGCUUCCAAUGAUGAGAAUCUUGAUAAGAAAUCUCUAGGAAUCGAAGUAAAAUAAGGAGAGAUUAUUGAAUGUAUUAGAAAUGGAGAUGCAUUCAUAAUUAGAAAAGCUGGGGAAAAUAAUAAAUAAAUUACCUUCAAAUUACCUCCUAAUAAAAAUUACAGAUUUGCUGCAUAUUUGUUUAGCGGUUGGGACAGUAAAGAAGCAAAAGUAUCCGAGGCUAGAAUUGAAACAUUGUGA